CUGCUGCAUAUCUUAGCAGGCUGCUACUACAGGAAGAGAAAACAGCAUCCUUAACUCUUUCUCCAUCUACAACCCUCUUUACUGCAGAGAGCAAACAUGCGGUCUUAUACCUCGUCUGCAAUGGUACUCACCUGCACCUUCCUUUACGCAUGAAAAGCCUUGCAUCCACAUCCAACCACCAUGCACUCAUUCAACCAAUUUGCUAGGGGGCAGUAUCAUGGGUAAUUAGUUGAUACUCUGACUACCACUUACUGAGUGUUGGGUUUUCUAUUUCCAUUCUAUAACACAGCUCAAACCUACCAUUCGUCUGCUUCGUUCAUUUUGAAGUACUGGAGAUAUAUUUGAGGCCGGCAUGUACCAAAAGGCUUACAAGGAAACCUUUUUCUUUUUAUGCUGUGGUGAAUGUUUAAAGUCUGCCAUGGAUUGACGAGAACCAUUGGACUUUAUACCAGUUGGUUUAGAAGGAAUGUUAGCCUUUAUACCAUUGAUUUGUAUCAUUGGGCUAACUCUACAUGUUCUAAGCCUUAUGGGGAAAGUAAGCACUCUGAUUUUCCCAUAAUUGGAGAGUCAGUUUGAGUUCUUCUGUAGGCCCCUUGCUUUCUUUGGAAUACAUCGGAUUGACAGAUAAUCUUUUAGAGGGAAGGGUGAAGGCAAGACCGUUUUUCUGCAUCUUCCUUACUGGCUACUCAUCUUUAAUAUUCAUCCAUUAGUCACCCAAAGUCUGCAAUUUCAUUUAUCUUACAGUGGAUCAUCCAUAAGCCUUAACUUCAUUCAUGAAAUACCACCCAACAUUCAAUCAUCUGGAGUCCAUAAUUUCAUUCAUCCAACCACUCCACAUUGUCGCCUAGAUUUCAGAAGAGGCCAAAUUCAUUCAUCUGGGUCCAUCUUUGUCAUCUGAACGUCAUAACAUGGUUGGCAAGCCAUUACUUUAUGGGUUCAUUAAUAUUCUACAGAAAACUGCUCUGACCAUAAAUCUUUAAUCCACAACUCAUUGCGAUUUACCCUUAACCUAAAAAACAGAAUUGACUUUUAAUGAAAAUGUAUCAAUGUCCAUUGAUCAAGGUCAGUAACAUUCGCUAAUUGCAGUUUCUCGUUGGAUAAAUCCCAGCUUGUUCGUCCUGAGGAAUGAAGGGUAGUGUGUGUGUGAGUGCAGUAUUCCUGGUGGGAUUUUAUGAGUGUAACACGGCUGGCUCCUAAGUGGAACUGGAGAUGCUGUAAGAAACGCUUUGCUGCAGGACGAGUCCUCUUAGUGUCUCCAUUAUUGAAUACAGAUAAUUAUGGGAAGAUGGGUUCUUUUACUUCUAUAUAAUGGAUAUGAAGAAAUUUGUCUGCUACAUACCCGAGGUAAUUCUUCUACCACAACAUUUUGGAAUCUUUUUUUAUUUUUUAAUGGGAGGCCAUUGGGCAUGAGCUUGAAAUAGUGUCUUCAGGGGCGAGUCAUCGUUCAGCCUCCCCGUGUAAAUCUUUAAUCACGUCAAUGAGAGCUCGGUGCGUGGUUUGGAUAAUGAUUUCAUGACGUUUACAUGCACAUUUUUGGGUUAAUAUUGCUAUCGUUCUAUGUUCCAUUCCUACGGGGACGUCAUGAUCUUGACGUAAGCAGGACUGUUUCAUAAUCCUGAAAUUGAUGUCUGUCUGUUAUUACCAAGUUACUGAUGCUGCAAGGUCUCUACGUAAUACCCCCUGCUCUUCGGGGCUGGGUGUCUUUUCCUGAUGAAUACUAUCUCUGACACCCUGCUUUUGGACCAUCUACUCUCCUCUUUAGGCGUCAUGCCUUCACCUACAGAUUCCAGUUUUUCUCUGACUGGCCGCACCUCACGGAGCAUGUCCCAAGUCCGGCUACACAGAAGCUGGUCACAUGUCCUGCUGGUUUUGGGCUUUGUACAGGUAACACUUGGAGUCCUGAUCAGUACCUUUAGUUUGGUGGCUGCAUCCAUCACACCAUCUAUGAAACUCAAGCACUCAUGCCCAUCCUGGGCUGGUUUUUCGGUAAGUCACUUUAUUGUUGGGCAAUAUUUGCAGGGGGCAGAGGGAUAUAGUGUUUGGCAAAAAGAAUGGGUUCUGCACCAUCAAACUAUUAAUGGUCAUUGCAUAUCACUAUUCUAGUAAGCAUCCUAAAUAUGGCAUGAAUGGUGACACAAGUUCUCUCUGCUAGGUCCUGAUAGAUUACGUGUAUUUUAACCAUUCUAGUGAAAUGAUUUUGUGUUCCUUUACAUGCAAAAUUAUUUAUUAUUAAUUUAUAAAGCACCAACAACUUCUGCAGCGCUGUACAAUGGGAUAAUCAAGCGCAUAUACGAUAGUAUGUAAACUGAAGUUCUGAGCUAUAUUUAAAAGCAGGUGCAAUGGUAGCUAUUAAUGCUUUGCUUCUUUUCUGUAUAUCUUUCUGAUUUAAUCUAGAAAUAGUCAUGUACAUGAAGGAUUUUUGGUUAAAAAGCUGUAAAUGCAGGCUGUUUGGAUUCCUUAGAGGGAUCUAGUUCAUCACAGUAUGCUGCAGCAGACUCUCUGGGCACAGGGCAGGAUCCCACAGUGUUUCUGGGUACAAGGCCAAAUUCGCAGGAUAUGUCUGGUUGGAUUCUCGGGGUGAAAACAGAUUCUCAGGAUUUCUCGAUGCAGAGUGGGGUUGUCUGCAUAAUACCUACGUACAAGGCAGAUUUUGCAGACCUCAAUCAGCAGAAUCGUGGGUUGCAAGGCUAAAUUUGUGUGGUCACUGGGCAUAGGGCAGACCAAGGAAAUUCUUUGGGUGGCAGUGGUGGGCAUCAGGGUGAAAUAACUGAUUAUCAGGAUCCUUUAGGUGCAGGACUAUAUUCUCAGAAAGAAAAGGGUCUUUGGGAACAGGGUCAGAUCUGCAAAAGGUUCGAACUGCAUGAGCUUUGAUUGCUAAAGCUGAAUCUGCAGGUUCUUUUGGUCAAAGGCUAGGUCUGUAUGGUAUCUGGAUCUAGAGCUGGAGCAGGGCAUGAUAUGUAGGAUAGCAGGGCAUGAUAUGUAGGGUAUUUGGAAACUAAUCUGGGCUUAUGCAGAACUGGAUGUGCACUCUUAAGACAGUUUGAAAUGCCUGUGUAUAGGGGUAUGAGCUGAGUUUGAAAGGGAGGUUUUUGGGCUGAUCACCUGGGUCCAAUCAGAGUUAGAAUGCCAGGACAAAUGCACCAGAUCUCAAGGUGCACUACUGGAAUGAGGGAAUGUUUUGGAGUAGGGUCAGACCACAGGUUCUCUGGGUUUAUGGUUAGGUUCUCAGAAUCAUUUAGUGUAUCUUCAGAUCUUAGUGGUCUUUGGGUUCAGGGCCAAAUAAGCAGGCCCAGAUGAACAUGACUCUGUGUCCAAAAGUGUGCAAAAAUAUGCAUUUACUAAAAUAUUUGCAAAGCUCUAAAAACGUACUUUUCAUUAGCUGCAGAACUGGCUUCUGCAGCUCAUGAAGACCCACCCUCCUUUUUAUCCAACACUUACUUCCUUGUAAGUGCUGGGCAUUGUCCAAUAAAAUGCUUCUCACUUACUAGCAUGGAGGGCAAAUCUCCAGUCCAUAACUUCUCAUAGAGAUGGGUGAUUUUAUUGAGAUUCACACUAUAGGGCUCUGUAAGUGCAAGAGCCAUUUUUAAUGGCAGAUAUUAAUGGCAGUAGUAGGGCAGAUUGUCAGUGCGGAAUAGAUACUCAAAGUCUCUGGGUUCUGAGUCUGGUCUCCUGCUCUCCUGGAACCCCAGUGCCAAAACCAUAUUGUGCUUGGCAGCUAGGACAAAUCUUCAUGGAUUUUUAACCCCUUAAGGACACAUGACGGAAAUAUUCCAUCAUGAUUCCCUUUUAUUUCUGAAGUGUCCUUAGAGGGUUAAAUAUGGCCCUGGUGCUGAAGGUCUGUGGUUGCAGGGCCAGACCACAGAGUCCCCAGGUUUGUGGUUAGACCUUCAGGAUGUAUGUGGACAGAUCUGGAUCCACAUGGGAGCCUGUAGACAAAUGUGGAUCCAUAGGGUCUCUGUGGGCAAGGGAAGAGACCUGUAAGGUUUCCAACUUGAGGACUGGAUUGGCUCCACAGGUUCACUAAGGGUGAGGCCAGAUCUGUUGGCAUACUUGCAGUUGGCCUGGGUUACCAAAAUGCAAGAACAGAUUCUCCAGAUCCAUGACCAGAUCUUCAAGACCUAUAACUAUGGACUUUGUGUGCCUGGUAAAAGGCUGAAGGGCCACAUCUACAUGGUUCAGUGAAUGCAGAUUCAGAUCUGUAGGGUCUUUGGGAGUAGGGACAGAUUGACAAGGUAUCUGCAGGAUUCCCUAGGCCUCCGUUUUCAAGGCUGGAUACACCGCUUCUAACAGGGUUAUUCACUAAUGUGAAAUCAAAGUGCCUUUCAAAUUUAAGUCCAAGGGAAAUUAACUGGAAGCAUAUCUGUCUUGGAGAUGUUUUUCCAUUUGGCCAAUUUUGGCUUUAAACUUGAAAUUCAACUUGUAUUCAGGGCUCUUCUCUAGACUUGUUUCACUUGGGGAGAAGGGCCAAUAUUAUGUUAAUUCUGUAGAUGAAAUAUGACGUAGCGAUUGUUUUUGAACUAUUUUCUUACUUUUGUUUUAUCCUCCGUUUUCACUCAUUAUCCGUCCCUUAAUCCAUUGUUCCUCUAUUUCCCCAAAAUAUUCCUUGCUCCCAUAUCCCUGCCCUGCCUCCCUUCCGGGUUCUAUCUCUUUCACUCCCCAUGCGUUAUCUACCCCUCUUUCUUUCUUGCUGUUCAGUUGGCGGUGUCAGGGCUGAUCGGAUGCAUCUCAUGGAAGAGGCCAUUCACAAUGGUGGUAAGUCUAAUAUUUUCCAUAUAACAGAAAUAAUAUAAAGUGCACAGCAUGCUGUAAAGUAUAUAGAUCCCAUGUGUUAAGAAAAACUGGCAUGCUGUAAUCGACAUAUGUGACUUUAGUUAGUUCAUGUUAUGGGGGUCCAGCAGCAUUUCCAUUGGAUGAGGCGGUAUCUCCCUCUCCUGUAUUACCAGGGGAAUACUUUUAUAUCUGAUUUCAGGGAAAAACUGCGUCCAAAAGUGUGCAAAAAUAUGCUUUUUCUAAAAUAUUUGCAAAGCUCUAAAAACGUACUUUUCAUUAGCUGCAGAACUGGCUUCUGCAGCUCAUGAAGACCCACCCUCCUUUUUAUCCAACACUUACUUCCUUCCAAGUGCUGGGCAUUGUCCAAUAAAAUGCUUCUCACUUACUAGCAUGGAGGGCAAAUCUCCAGUCCAUAAUUUCUCAUAGAGAUGGGUGAUUUUAUUGAGAUUCACACUAUAGGGCUCUGUAAGUGCAAGAGCCAUUUUUAGGUAUUACAUUUUGUGUUCAUUAAAAUUAUGACUUGCUAUAUAAUGCUAUAGUGAACCACAGUUCUCAUUAGACUUGGCCAACCGCUGGAUGAGAUUGGAUUUAUAUUGUGCAAAAGCUAUUUAGCAAGUGUUUUCUUUACUAUCCCAUUACCCGCCAGCUUCAGCUAGAAUCUUAUAUUGAACAUGACGGCAGUUCUAGUCCAGUAGGGACAGACCGUGUCAGUUCUUGAAUUUCGUUUAGUAUUUUGGAAGCAGCAAAACGAUCUUAGUGACUUUGACAAGGGCCAAAUAGUGAUGGCUAGACGGAUGGGUCAGAGCAUUUACAAAACCGCAAGUUUUGGGGCGAAUUCCUGGUAUGCACUGGUUACUACCUAUCAAAAGUGGUGCAAGGAAGUACAAACGGUGAACCGGCGUCAAGGUCUUGGGUGCCUAAGAUUCAUUGAUGCAAAUAGGGAGUGAAAGCUAGCCCGACUGGUCCAAUCAGACAGAAAAGCUACCUUAGCUCAAAUAAAACACUUUAUUAGCUCAAAUGAAACACAAAUGCUGGCAGUGAUUAGAAAUGUGUAAGAACACACAGUGUAUUGCAGUUUGCUGUGGAUGGUUCUGCAUAGCCUCAGACCGAUCAGAGCACCCACAUUGACCCAUGUCCACUGCCGAAAGCAACUUCAAUGUGGACGUGAGAAUUAGAACUGGACCAUGGAGCAAUGGAAGAAGGUUGCCUGGACUGAUGAAUCACAUUUUCUUGUAGAUUAGGUGGAUAACCAGGUGCAUGUGCAUCGUUACAUGGGGAAGAGAUGCAGCUCCAGGCCCAGGUCCAUGGAAUAGGCCAUUUAAAAAAAUAUAUAUAUUUUUUUGUUUUUUUACACACUACUCUUAGGUUUGCCAUCUGACUGGUAUUUUAAGGCACAUCCAGUAUUUACGCCUGCCUGGCCAUGACGGUAUUGCAGUAAUACUGGCAAUACAAAUGCAAAUAUUUUUCUCAGUAUAAACAGAGAUUACUCUGCAAUACCAGCACUGGCCAGUAGGGGAGAGAGGCAGGGAUAGGAAGUUACAGCAUCUCCCUGCCUCUCUCUACUCACUGAUCCGUGGGGGAGCAGUUACAAAGCACAGAGUCCAGACAGCAGCUUCCAGCCUGCAGAGACAGACUACAGCUCAGAUAUGUGAGGGAUAGGGGGAAAGACAGCAGGGAGACAUGGGGACACUGAAACACUAGGGGACACUGGGAGAUGUUGGGACACUGAGACACUUGGGACACUGGGAAACAUGGGGACACAGACACUAGGGGACAUUGUGAGACAUGGGGACACAGUGUCUCCAUGUCUCCCAGCCAGUGUCUCUAGUGUCUGUGUCCCCAUGUCUCCUUGGGUCACCUAGUCUCCCUGUUUCCCCAUGUCUCCGAGUGUCCCCAAAUGUUUGUGUCCCUAUGUCUCCCAGUGUCCUCAAAUGUCUAUGUCCACAAGUGCCCCCAUGUCUUCCAGUUUCCCCAAGUGUCUGUGGCCCCAUGUCUCCCAGUGUCUGUGUCCCUAGUGUCUGCGACAUGGGGACACUGACACUGUGAUACAUAGGGACACUAAUGCCAGGCUGGCCUUCCAAUUCUUUGGACAGACAUACCCCCUUUUUGGGCAUGUUCACCCCUUGUGGCAGUUCUGGUCACGUGAUUUGCAUCAGUGGCCCACCUUUUUACCCCACCCAUUGACUUCCUGCUUCACUGGAAACUGCUGUUAGUGGGUAUGGAUUUACUUGAAAGAUGAAAGCAUUACUUAGAUGAAAAGAUUAGCAUAGAGUAUGUGUUUUCAUAUAGCUGCAUCCUUUGAGUUUCCCUCCAACACCAUCUCCAUCAGAUACACGACGCUUGAGAGGUAGGACUGUUUUAGUGUUUUUAGCCGAUAAGAUUCGGUAAUCAGGCCCAUCAUAAUUGUCAGCACCAGGCCCACUGUGCUCUUAAUCUGGCCCUGAUCGGAUUGGGCAUCUAGGAGAUAUGCUGAAACAACAAAUCCAAUCCACGAAGGCCCUACCUUGUGACUUGCAGGAUAUGCUGCUAAUGUCCUGGUGCUUGAUAACACAUUCAGAGGUCAUCUGGAGUCGAGGCCUUGAUGAAUUAGAGUUGUUUUGGCAUCAUGAGGUGAACCUACACAAUAUUAGGCAUGUAGUUUAAAUGUUGUAGCUGAUCAUGUGUAUAUACAAAAUACACAAGGGAUCAACAUGCUCACAGUUUUAAAUCUUACGAGGCUAUUUGAAAUUGCCUAUCUUAGCAAAUAAAUAUGGAGACUUGGACACAUCAUAUGUCCAUCCUGUUUUAAAGUAUCCCUAGGUCCUAUACGAUUCUUAACAUUGGGAACAAACAUGCUAUGAACAUGUAGUGUUCUAAGAGUAUGUUUUUGUGUGUGCAUUGUACCAUUAAUGUGUUCCAGACAUGUUUGAAUAAAAUGGGCUAGCAUAUCUGUCAUCUCUGCUGGAAAAAGUACUUACAAGAUGGCUUGACUGGGGCUUUUUUUAAUAUGAAAUUUUAUAAAUGGAGGACAUUUUGGACUUGCUGACAUGGCGUGUUUUUAUCUGUUCUUGCUGUGCAGCAUUUGUCAGAGUUUUGUGACAAGCCUUCUCCGUGACCCUAUUUUCUGCUUCCAGAUCACACCAUUCACACUGGUGACAGCUUUGUGUGUCAUGCUUAGCCUUGCGGGCUCCAUAUUGUCGUGUCAGAACGCGCAGCUGGUGAAAUCAUUUGACGCCUGCAAGAAGGUAAGCCGUAGAGAGUCACGUAAUGCAAACCCAGCAGCAUAACUGCUCCCUCAUGUCCUUAUCUUAUCUAACUUCAAAUUCUGCUGUAAUUAGAACGAUUGGCCCAAGGGCGACAAUCUCUUAUACCAGUUGUAAUUAUUUUUUUUAUUUUUUUUUUUCUUCCGAGGAGAAAAACUGGUGUGUUUGCUGCCACCUGCUGUCAGAAUAUCAGAUUCAAUCUUCUUGUAAUGAAGAUUUAGAAAAACUGACCAUGUACCCAAAUUCCGACUGUGGCAGUAUCCGCACCGCAUUGAAGGUAAUGCCCUAUAAUAUGCACACUGAUCAAUUGUAGCGUACAGUGGCUGCAGGUAGAGGCUCACAUCAUGACCUCCUUGUUUAAUGUGAAGCAGUGCUUAAGGGACCCUCUAAGCACCAAAACAACUUUAGCUUGAUGAAGUGUAUUUGCUGUAUCAAGGGUCAGCAGCUUAUGGUGCACAAGGUGCCUUCAUAAUGCACACAAGCAGUCAACCCGAUUGGCUGGGGAGGUGUGAGGAUCUCCCUUGAAGCUGACCUUCCUAAUAGGACUUUUUCCUUUAGUUGCUAGUGCCUGAUCGCAGCGGACGGUAACGGGCAAACCUUAAUUCACUCAUGGCAACACUGGGUGGACGUGAUCUCAAAUCUACGGUGUACAAUGAUUCCUCCAUUAGCACAUAGAUCAUUAUGUCAGCAUUUCUCUUAAACAUCUGUCUCCCUGAACCUCAGAAUGUAGGUGGCCUUCUAUUUAAUAACCUGUGAGCUAUGACAAUUUGGUGUGUAUUAUGUAAUGUAUUGCUUAGAACAUUACAUAGUUAUGUACAUUCUGCUGAGCUUAUAAUGGAACUCUAAAUUAAACUCUCCUCCCAUUAUGAGAAUCUACUCCCAUCAUGUUAUGGGGCUUAACAUGUCCUAUGAGAGGCACAGGAUGCUUAAGGAGUCAUAAAUGUCCUAGGCUGACAUUCUUUGUCUUCAGGAGACGCACUUCCCCCAAAAUAAGAUUGUACACUUUGGAAUUAAACCUUUUCUUAUACAAUAUCACUCUGCUCACAUGUCUAAGUAGAGAGGGGUGUCUGUUUACAUCCACAAACCUGUAGCAUUUGAGUUACUCCAUAAGAUAACUGAUUUGCAAGGUAGCUAUCUCAUAUUAGUGUGUCUUUUGAGUUAUGUUGUAUAUACUUUGGUUAAUGUUUAUGCAUUACUAGGCUGGUGGAUAUACAGAAGGGCAUCGACAUCAUUUGUGGUGAUUUAAGUGAAAUCCUUGACCCACAAACUGAUACUUCAUUACUACGAAGCUCGCCUAGGUUUAAGCUGCUCAAAUCUCAAUUUUAACCCGCUAGCUACGUUGUUUCUACACCUUAACCGUACAUAUGGCGGAUGUUGCAUCCUGAUGAGCGAUCUUACUCUUAUUAUUUCUUAUUGCACCAUUCUCUUAUUUUUUUUAAAAAAACCCAUUUUUUAUCGUUAUUGAAAAUACUUAACAUCUCAUGCAAAGGAUUAUUUUUUUUUUUAACAUAUAAAAAAACAGAAAAAUUAAAUGGGUAGAUAAAUAGCAUAAAUACAAGUAUACUCGAGCAUCCAUAUGGUCAUUUUAAAGGGAGAGGAAAGAGGAAAAAAAAUAGGCAAAAAGAAAGAGAGAUGUUCGCGAUCCAAGGAUCUCCAUCUCCAUUUUACAGUGAUUCAAGAUUUGAUGUCUUAUCAUAUCCCCAAGGGGGAAUGUCUCGACGUUUCCAGUAUCUAGCCAAUAGUGCUUUAGGUUCUACUAGGAUAAGUACCACUAGAUCUUUUUUACGUGAAGAUAACAUGGGCCACCCAAUGUGUAAUGGUGUAAUACCAUCGAUCUGCAUGAAAAAUCUAAAUGUACAUCUAACUGAUCUUUGCAGAAUUUCGCUACUUUAUUCCACAGUUGGGUUAUUUUCGGGCAUGACCACCAUACAUGAACAUAAUCUGCCCUGGUAGAGCCACAUCUCCAACAUGUAUGUUGUAUAGAGGGGUACAUUUUGACCAGUUUAGUAGGGACAUAAUGCCAUCUGUUAACGAUUUUAUAACGACUUUCUAUUAAAUUAAGGCAAUGUAUUGCCUUGGCUACAACAUUAUUUGCUUUGAUCCAUUCUUUUCUUGUCGUGGUAAUCUGUAGAUUUUUUUCCCAUGCUUCUAAGGCAGGAAAUUCUGGCGUAGUCUUAUAUAUAUCAUAUCGUUUUGCACAUAUUCAUACAAAAUUUUUGUUGCUUUUAUUAUUUAAUAUAUUAAUAAAAAAUGGUAGUACUUCUGAUAUCUCUGUAAUGUUAUGUUUAUUUAUUGGUGCACCAUUCUCAUUCUAGAAUUGAUGUUUUAUUGAUUAGCUCCUUGUUGUAAAGUCAUGUGAGCUAGGGGACAUUAUUAGGGUUGCAUAAACAGAAAUAUAUUGAUUUAUCUCUUAAAUGGCAGAAAAUUGAGCAAUGAGAUAGUGAGCGUGAUCUAUACACCAAAACUGCUCCGUUUAGAUAAAGCUGUUUUGGUUACUAUAUAGUGUGCAUUUUUAUUUUAAACUCAAUUGGGUUCUGCAUGUAAGAGUAAUUUCAGCACUUAGUUAUAUGGAGACUAAAGAUGUUUAAGGUAUUAGGCCAUUUAACCUCUACAAUUGUCAAAGGGAUACAUAACCAAAUGGAAAUAAGUGGUGAUGGUUUUCAUAUCUAAUAAUGGAUUUAGUGCACUGUAAUGGUUACUUCCAAGUGUCCCUUCCUACUCCUCAUAUUUCCCAUCAGUGGUGUACACACAACCCAUGGGGCCCCGGUGCGAAUACUGAUCCAUGGACCACCUCCAUGCAGAUACACAUUCACUUAAAGGACCACUACAGACACCCAGAUCACUUCAGCUCAAUGAAGUGGUCUGGGUGCUAGGUCCCUCUAGUUUUAACCCUGCAGCUGAAAACAUAGCAGUUUCAGUGAAACGGCUAUGUUUCACUGAGCAUUAAUCCAGCCUCUAGUGGCUGUCUCAUUGACAGCCGCUAGAUGAGCUUCCACGAUUCUCACUGUGAAAAUCACAGUGAGAAGACGCUGAACGUCAAUAGGAAAGCAUUGAGUAAUGCUUUCCAAUGGGCGGUUUGAAUGCGCACGCGGCUCUUGCCACACAUGCGCAUUCGGAGCUGAGAGGCGGAUCGGGGCGGAGAGAUCCCCAGCGCCAAGGGAGUCCGGCGCUGGAGAAAGGUAAGUGCUUAAGACACACACUCUCACGAACAGACGCAUACACACUAGCUAACAGACACACACACUCAGUGACACAUACACACACACACUUACUGACAGACAGACACUCACUUACAAAACACACACACACUAACAGACGCACACAAACUAAAACUCUCAGUAACUCACUGACACACUCUAACACACACAAACUAACACACACACACACACACUCACACACACUCUAACACACACACACACAUUUUAGAUGACAUCAUAUUCCGGCUCCGGUAUCAGUGCGGUGCGCGAGGGAGCUGAAGAGGGAGCACACAGGGGAGAGUGCUCCCUCGCGUGCCCGCUAGCCUGCCUGCCGGUGACACCAGGGCCAGCCGGCUCCUGGGCACCCCAGGAGAAAAGGCUGGCCACAGUGGGUACACACUGGGUCGCAGGGCGGCCGGGCCCCCUGGUGGGCCAGGCCCAGUCACAGCUGGGACCCCGGUAUGUACGCCACUGUUUCCCAUUAUAAUGGAUCACCUAGCACCCCGACUGGGUACCUCCGUUGAUGGAUGCUCCUAGUGCUUCCCGAGGGCUCCAAGCACUCCACUUGACACCAUAAGCAAUGCAGACCCCACGAACUGCUGCAGCUUAGUUGGGGUCUCGCUGUCUCCUACCCACCCUGGACCUACGACAAGGCUCCAGAUUCCAGUGGGUGAACCUCUCUUUCUCCAGAGAGUGAAGGAGGAACAACCUCUUACAGGAGCUUAGUGAUUACUCAAGGGAGUAUGCAGAGCAUGGCAAUCCCUUGUAGCAGAUUCCCCCAAUAAUAGACCGGACUCUAAAUUGAGGGUGAAGUAGAACUGGUUUAAUGAGCACACAGGACUUUCUUAUAUACACAUUUUCCCACAAGGUUACCACCCACGUGGACCUUGUGGUACACCGGACACAAAGUUACAACAGCCAAUCAACACAGUACAGUACAGUCAGACACUCCCAGCUAAGGCACACAAACCCUCCCCUCUGCCUGUAAUAUAAUUAAUAAACACAAUGGGCUAACUUAAUUAUUACAGGCAGAAAAUAUACAGUUUUACCCAAAACACAGAAACACCACAAAACUACAACAUAUCCACACAAAUCAUACAUCCCUGGAUAGCUCUGAUGUGGGCGAACAACAUAUCCAAAAAUCACCCAGAUCAGAGCAAGGGUUCAGGAAAUUCUUGGAAGUCAUAUUUGAACGACUGCAAGCAUGGCUUUCAUGCCCAAAACAGUUCCACAGAUUUAGGAUGUGCGGCCAGUCUAUCUUCUCCUCUAUCCUGGAGAUAAUUGGCUUAAGUAGCUGUGGUAAGCCAAUUAUCUCCAGGUACAGGAAAUAUCUCCAAGUCCAAAAACUGUUACAAAAAUCACAUAAAAAUACAUAUAUCCUAUAUAUCCAACAUAUCCCCAGAUAGCUUGGAUCUGAGCGCUCAAUAUGUCUGAAAAGCACUCAGAUCUCACGAAUAUAGUUGGAUCGCCAUGGGGUUAAACAAUAGCAAGGGCUGAUGAGAGAUUGAGGAGGGACAAAGCAGCCAGUUUCAACUGGUCUGGCAGUGUUCCUGGGACAACACCCUGCUGGAGAACAAUAGGACAGGAAAAAGGGGGAGGGGAAUAGGCACAUUUUCCCAUGGAAUUAACGGGGCAGAAAAAGUGUUUUUAAAAAUCCAAUAAGCUCAAAUAGCCAUUUUAAAUGGCAAUACACCCCAGGGGCCAUAGUCAUAGGGCAGGAGGCUAGCAAGCAGGCCCCUCCAAAAACUCAUGGCAAACUCCCUUAAAAAGGGGAGUUUGUCACACCCAUCAUUUAUCUCUAUUAGCAUACCUACUAUUCUCAGCCAUAACUCAUAAAUACUUCAAAAUAGGUCUUUAAUAUGGGAGUUUUUUUUAUAGCGCAUCUAUCUUUGUGUGUACCUAUGAGUGAUCUUUCACAUCCUUGUUCCAUGAUAUUGUCACUGCAUCACUUUCACAAAUACUCUGUUUAUGCAUAUUUGUUUUCUGCCCAAAGACCAAUAAAAAAUGAAAAAAAUAAAAUUGCUUCAUUAAUCUAAAGUUGUUUAGGUGCGUUGGAGCAGUGUCCGCACAACAGAUCGUGACCAACAUCUGCUGUAAAGGUUAUUGGUAGCACACAACCUCAGGACAGUCCUGAGGUUAGAGAUAUCCUACGCUGUUAUCAGUAGUUUAAGUGCAAUUAUUACGGUUUAUUUUUAUGUCUAUAAUUCUUCUACAUUUCUUUGUAUUUAAGCCUCUCUUACUGAAUGUUUGUCUUGCCUCUCCCCGCAGUCUUCAUCCUUACCUCCAAGGAAGCCCCCUUCACUUGGUGGUAUGUUCAAAUCUAACUCUCCCUCUCUGUAUGUCUUAGGACCUCUUAUUCAGUGUUUGUGGCCUCACCAUCCUUUCAACCAUCAUCUGCACAUUGUCAGCUGUCAUCUGCUGCAUUCAGCUCUUCUCAUUGGAUGUGAUCCAUGUCGUAAGUUCUGUACCAUGCGUGCAGACAACAAUCAUCUCCUUCUAUGAACUCCAUUGUUUACACGCACAUAUAUAUAUUUUUUCACACUCUUCCCUUUGCUCUCCUUAGUUGGCACCACAGAGAUCCACGUCUAUGAACCUGGAUUGUCUCUCACCCCAGGACACCAUACUACAAAGUAUGAUUGAGUGUGAGGAGUUUGUACCUCCUGUCCCACCACCACCAUACUAUCCACCUGAGUACACCUGCAGCUCAGAAACUGACGCUCAGAGGUAAGAGUCAAAAUCACAGUAAGAUGCUAAUCUUGUUGCAAUCUACCAUGUGACCCUGCUAUUUUCCUCUUUCAGUAUUACAUACAAUGGGUCUAUGGAUAGUCCAAUUCCUUUGUACCCCACAGACUUCCCGCCUUCCUACGAAAGUGUCAUGGGUAUCCGAGAGGACAGUCAGGUACAGUAUUGUUACAUUGUGUCAUGUUUGUCAAUGGUUCUCAAACCAAAUCUCAAAGAACAUGAACAGUCCAACUGUGUAAAGAAAAUGGUGGUUAUAGGCUCUUAUUUGUAAAUAGAUUUAAUUUAGCUACUCAAAAUAAAUAAAUAAAAUAUAGCACUUGCAUGCUCUUCUUGCUUUCGAUAUUUUAUCUCUUGUUUGUGCAUUUCCUAAUUCCGUUCCAAUGGGGAUACUGACAAAAUUUGGGGUCUGGGUUAAGGAGCAUGGUUGUGUGUAAUCACUCUGCCUUUUAUGAUAUUUUAGAAUUAAGUCAACUUUUUUCCAUAGGCCACAUUGUUUGAUCCUCAGGUGAAUGAGAUCUCCUGUCCUAGUUUGUCUGAGAGAAUCGACUCUACGGGUAACAGCUGCAAUGGUGAGUGACUGUGUAGAAUUUGGUCCGACGGGCUUUUGUCUGUGUCUAAUGCUGCUCCUUGUUUGAGUCCAUUUAGGAUACAAUAGUUUUACACCCCACCUCCUAUAGACUGUAAGCUCGUUUGAGCAGGGUCCUCACCAACCUAUCGUUCCUGUAAGUUUUCUUAUAAUUGUCCUAUUUAUAGUUAAAUCCCCCUUUCAUAACAUUGUAAAGCGCUACGGAAUCUGUUGGCUCUAUAUUAAUGGCAAUAAUAAUAAUAAUAAUAGUUGUGUUCUUGUAUGCAUUUUGGUUGUAGAAGGCAAGUAAGAAAUACCUUUUGUAUGCAGAAUCUUAUAGUCUAUUUUGGGAAUGCUCAAACUUCAAGUGGCUGGUAUUCUCCAUAAUUAUGACUAUGUACCAUCACUGUAUGAAAGGUCUCACCUGUGAUACUGGUGUUAUGUUGCGCAAUCUCAUUGUACUAUAACUACUGAAAAUAAAUUAAGGAAAUGAUCUGUGGACAUGCUUAACUAUCUACAUUGUUUUGUCCACCUGUCAACUUUUUGUUUUCAACAAUUGGUCCUCUGUAUUGUAGAUACCUCUGUUAAUUCUGGUUUUCUUUACGUUACAGAGGACAGCAGCCCAUCAGAAGACUCAGUUUUGCUGGAGGUACAGGGAUCCAUGCGUUCCGUGGAUUAUGUUCUGUAUCGUUCCAUUCAGCGCAGUCGUGCAGAUUACUGUUUGAGUGUGGACUGUGAGCAAUGCUUACAUCACCAGCAGAGCCCCACACUUGGCCUUCAGGGACCAUUUGAGGAGAUCACCACGCCUCGUGCGAAAGGAGGGCGUUCAUUUUCUUGUUCCACACCCAACGCUAAUGGUAACACCUUGCCCCCAGUGGGAAAUGUUAUCGCUCGUAGCUGCAACAGGCUGGAGACAGUUGGACGCACAUCUGGUCCCUGUUUUCCUGAACUGAGACUAAAGGGGAAAGUCCAAGGGACAGUACGGUGGAGCAGAGGAUCUGGGUGUUCCCUCCAUCACAACUCACCGUGCCAAACCCCUGACUGUGCUCAUCGCAGGUACAGCGAAAAUACCCGACCAGCAGCCCUGUGCACGAACAUAACUCCACGGAUUGUGAUUCGCUCCCACAGUGACCCUGGAAUCAGCUUGUCUUAUAAUACAGGUGAGAGUUUAUUGGAUAAAUGUUCCUUUUGUAGAGGACUAUAAAUUUUGUGAUCGCGUCAGUAUUUCAUUGCAUUAACAAAAAUGGCGAUACUAUGGUGCCAUUAAUAAAGAAGGGAGUAAUUAGAGUCAAGGUACCCUGCUGUACACAGUUACAAAAGCUGAAAAAAAGACUUGCGUCCAUCAAGUCCAGCUUUUCUAACAUCUAUUUUUGAUGUUGAUUCAAAAGAAGGCAAAAACCUCAGUUUUAAGCACUUUCUCUAGGAAUCAAAAUUCCUUCUUAACCCCAGAAUGGCAGUCGGAUCUCUCGUUGGAUCAAGAACCUGUUACCCCAAUAUCUCUCAAUACCUUGAGCUAUAAUUACCUGGAGUAUUCAAGGAUAAAGAGGUCUUCAUGGUUUAGGGGUAUCCUACUUUCAAGAUGCCAUUUUUAAUCCGGAUAUAAUGCUGGGAAUACUGACAUAAUUCUCUUACUGUCUUCUCAAUGGAGUAACAAUUCAGCAUCACGAAAAUGUUGACAUUUAAAAUUGUAAUUGCAAGGUUUUAGGAAAAAAAAUGCAUUCGAAGAUUACUUUCUACGUAUCGCUCUUGUACUGAUUAGUUACUAGAGCAUUCAUAUCUUGUCUGUCUGUGAUGUGCAGAAAUCUCAGGAAGUCAUGUGUUUCUGCAGGAAAUCUACUAUCACACAACGGACAUUAUUGAACAAAUGCUGGUCAGAUGCUAAAGUUUGGUUAAAAAAAAUAAAAAGCAUUAAUUUCUUGCUCAUGUUUGCAUGCCUUACAUAACCUGCAGCCACGUGAUUUGUCCUUUGGCUGUUUGUAAUGUUUAUAGUGUUGAGCAGGCAUAACUGAUAAAGAGACACUGAUGGGUUUAUUUACUGAAUGAGGAUUGAGAAUAUUAGGCAAAAUAACCAAUUUGGAAAAAAUAGGCCAAAUUUUUACAAGCCUGCAACUUUGUCAGAACAUUUGCCAUCUCUGUAACUGGAUCUACAAAUGUACUGGUGUGAACGUGGGCAUGCGCAAGCCAUCCAGCAUCCUGAAAUGUAGAUAUAUAAAAUGUACUUUAUCGUUUCAGGAAGACCCUUGUGUUCUCUGAUGGGCUUCCAGGAAAAAAAACCUUUUGUGUAUUUGGAUGCCGUUAUCUACUUUUAUUUCUUAUGCAGAGAGCGUCCAGGCACACAGAUCACACUAUCCCUCAGAGUUCUUUUUGGAACAACAUGACAUGUAUGAUGGAAUUUGUGUUCCUGGACUCUCCAUCUAGGUGAUUUGCCAUCUCCUGAAUCUGGAGUACCAGUAUAUUACUUGAAUUAAGUAACCUAUAGGAUAUGUGCAGUCCCUACUGGAGAAAUAUUUCACUUUCUCAGACAGACAGAUCUCAAGAUCGAUUCAUAGCUUGGAAAAGUGCUCACUAUGCUGUAUCAUUUCAUAUUGGAUGGUCUCUAAUUUGUCUUCCUUUUUGUUGUUUCGCUUCAUUCCGUCUGACCGCCUCCCCCUCCCCCCCAAUGUAUAAUUAAGUAUUUUUUCUGUUUUAUGCAGAUCUACAAGAAGCGGAUUAUGCCAAGACAAUGGAAGAUGACAUAUCUGUGUCCUCCAUCGAUGCAGGUUUGAAGAUAUUCUCAAAUGUUUUGAUAAAUGAUAUCAAUAACCUAAUCACGUUUAAUCGAACAGACUUAAACUCUUACUAAUUAAACAAACUGUGGUUUCCUAAUUGUCUACAUGAUCAUUUGUUCAGAGGUAGAAUUAUCCAUGAUAAACUGCUGAGCCAUCUCAUUCCUCACCAUUCUAGGUCUCUGUUCCGAAGCUUGCUUGUACCAACAUGGUUUCCACCAGUCCCCUCGAUUACUACGCACAAGCUCAGCUGGGAAGAGUAGGUUCCAAGCAACACGAAGGGCAAUGCAAAGACUCUCUAAGAGUGGCGCUCUGUCUCUUGGAGACUUGAAGGGUGGGCGUAGUACCAGAGUCCUCGUGGCUCGAUUCCUACAUCGUUCUAGACAGAGCUUCAAGGAGGGAAUGGAACAGACCAAUCAAUAUCAUAAACCGGUAAGAACCCUGUUGCGUAAUCUGUAUUGACAUUACAGUUCCUGUGAUAUGUGACCAACAUGUGGAAUCACUUAUUAAUAUUUUGGUCAGGGUCAAUUUCAAGAGGCAGAAAACCCAUUUUUGUUGCACAUUGUAGGAAUUGCAAAAAUGGAUUUUAAAACAAAUUGUCAAAUGUCUUCUUUAUGGGUGUUUGUAAAGAAACCGGUGACAUUUCUGGGAAUGAAGAAUUCUAAAAUUCCUUCAAAUAUGAAAAUGUCUAUAUAUGGACAUAUAGUAAUUUGUUCCACCAUGCAUCUGUACAAUAUAGUGCAUUGCAGAUGUUGCAAAAUAACCUUUCCAAUUAUUCCAUAUUCUGCUUCCUAUUUUUCCCCUAUAAAUCCUAUACAUUUCCCAAUGUAAUUCUUCCCUAUAACUAGUCUAUUUGCUUAAUGUAAUUCUUCCCUAUAACUCCUCCACUUUUUACCUUUCUGUUGAAGGUUCUUAAGAGCCCAUUACCAUUUGAGCAUGAAAGACCUCAAGAACAGAUGUCCUUACAAAGUUGUGGAGAUCUCAGCACUACAUCAUCUCUCCGUCGCCUCCUUUCCACAAGUCGGAGGAGGCCCAGACGUCCACAGAGCCUCAAUGAUACAUUCAAAGAGAGUGCAGUUUGAACAAGGUUCCAUCCACAUAGCAAAGUGCCUCCAUGCCUGGUCACACAGGGUUGCACAAGUCUGACUGGCACGGGAGGGUCUGUUUACCACAAUAAUUACUGCAAUGAGUAACCCCUGUACUUCACACGGGGAGGGACUAUGUACUCCAAAAACAAUUGCACUGAUGGACCCUCGUCUCUCGCAGUGGGUAGAGAUUGUUCACUCCAGUAAUUACUGCACUGAAGAUCCCCAAUAACUUAUAACGGUGAGAGGUAAAAUACUGUGUACCCCAAUAACUACAGCACUGAGUGGCUAUAAUUACUCACACAGCAGAAAGGAAGUGCAUAUCUUAAUAAUUACAGCACCAAGGACUAUGUACCGCAAUUAUUAAAAGCAACAAGUUACUAUCAACCAUCCCACAACAUGCAGACACUUUACUAGGCCAUAUUCUCUAUGAAUUAUGUAGGAGCUGGAAAUUAUGUAGGGCCCUCUGGUCAUCUUCAAGUGAUCUCUCAUAUUUAUAUAAUUUAAACGUUUGUUGUACAUUUUUGAAGUUCUCCUGGUUUUAAAAGAAUUCUUCAGUCCUUCAGCAUGUGCAGAUGACCAGCGGAAUAUAGAAACUUUCAAGAGAUGGGCAUUGGACCUUUAUCAAAGAUGCUGAUGAUGACUGAUGAACAUCUACAGUGUGUAACCCAAAAAUCUGGCCCACAAGAAGUGAGAAGAUGGAAGACUUUUCCUGCACCAAUCUUGUUAUGUGAUCGGUAUCAUGAUUCUGCUCCGUUACAUAUUGCUCUUAUUGUUGGUUGCUUUGCAUGUUAAUUUAUUGCCUGCAGACAGGUAGAUUUUUAUGUGAUUAUGCAACUGUGCCCCCACCAAUGUGGUUUAUUG